AGCGCGCAGCGCUCAGUGCUGGGGCUCAGUGUUUGUUACGAGGAAGGUGAGAGCGUGAGCGUAAGCGGGAACCGAGCAAGUCCGCGAGAGCUUGAAACCAGAGUAGCGGCAGUGCAUUAGCGUUAAGUGAUCAUUACGAGGAAUAAGAAUGCGGGUGCCCGGACCGGCGGCGCUGUGGGAGCGGGCGCCGCUGCUAGUGUCGCUGCUGCUGCUGCGGCUGGUGGUGCCGCGGUGCGGGGCGACACCUCGCUGCGGCGCGCCCACCGACAACACCCUCCCCUCCAACAACCGAUUCGCCGUCCUGCUGAGCGGCGGGCCCACGACCUACGUACCGUCGCAGACCUACCGAGUGUCCGUGGAGGGCCGUCGUGGAGCCAACGACGCGCCCCACAAGUUCAUCGGCUUUGUGCUGACGGUGGAGGGCGAGGACGACGGCCUGGGCCGUAAGCGGGAGGUGGGCCGCUUCACGCUGUACCCGGACGCGCUGGCCAAGUUCGACGAGCGCUGCGGCAACACGGUGACGCACGCCAACCUGCUGCCCACCGCGGAGGUCUACAUCAACUGGACGGCGCCGCCCGAGGGCUCCGGCUGCGUCCUGUUCCGCGGCGCCGUGCAGGAGAGCGCGCACACCUGGUACGCGGACGGCGAGCUGACGCAGCGCGUGUGCGAGGACACGCAGGAGAACAUGGACGAGCAGCGGCCCAUCCUCGAGACGUGCGGUGCCUGCGACGAGGCCAAGUACGAGGUCACCUUCGAGGGGCUCUGGUCCCGGCACACGCACCCGAAGGACUUCCCCGCCGACUCGUGGGUCACGCGCUUCAGCGACGUCAUCGGCGCCUCUCACGACGUGGAGUACCGCUUCUGGGAGUACAACGGGAUGGCCAGCGAGGGCCUGAAGCAGGUGGCGGAGCGCGGCACGACCCGCGCCCUGGAGACGGAGCUCAAGGCCGAGAGCGACCACAUCCGCACCAUCAUCAAGGCCAGGGGCAUCAGCUACCCCAACGUGACGGGCAAGACGUUCGCCGUGUUCCGAGUCGACCAGAAGAACCACCUCAUGUCGCUGGUAUCCAUGAUCGAUCCUUCGCCCGACUGGAUCGUGGGUGUCAGUGGGCUAGAGCUGUGUCUCCCCAACAACAGCUGGGUUGACCACGCGAAGAUCAACCUCUAUCCUUUCGAUGUGGGCACGGAUAGCGGCCUGACGUACAUCGCGCCGGACCAGCCCACCAUCCCGCAGGAGCCCAUCCGCAAGAUGUCCUCGUCGUUCCCCAACACGGACGCCUCGCCCUUCUUCGACUCGACGGGCGAGCCGAUGCGGCCCAUGGCGCAGCUGUCGAUCGUGCGCCAGCGGCUGUACGAGAAGAGCUGUGACGACCAGGGCCGGUUCGGCGUAGAGGGCGAGGACCACGACAGCGUCAAUCGCGAGGACUGCGAGGUGGGCGAGUGGGGGCCGUGGCCCGAGUGCCCCGUGACCUGCGGCCGCGGCAUGCGCCACCGCCAGCGCUUCUACCUCAAGCCGGACGCCACGGAGCGCGGCUGCAAGCGGCUCGUCACCCUCCGCCAGCAGUGCUACUCCAGCCGGCUCAAGCAGUGCCCCGACCUGGGCGGCUACGGGAACGCCGAGGACGACCCCGAGUGCGAGCUGACGCCCUGGACGUCGUGGUCCUCCUGCUCGUCGACCUGCGGCCAGGGCACGCGCACGCGCUCGCGCCGCUUCAAGCACCGCGCGGGCAAGCGCUGCGCCGUGGCCAAGAACCCGCCGCACCUGCAGCAGAACGAGCCGUGCCUCGAGGAAGACGGCGCCGACUGCGGCGGCGCGGACACGGCGGAGCCCGGCGGUGGCUGCCUGCUGUCCGAGUGGAGCCAGUGGUCCGUGUGCUCGGCGUCGUGCGGCCGCGGGGAGCAGCACCGCGAGCGCGUCGUCAUGUCCAACACGGAGGACGACGCGGGGCCGUGCGCCAACGCCAGGAUGCAGGAGCGCGUCUUCUGCGUUGCCGAGACUCCCUCCUGCCACCUCAGCCCCGAGCAGGCCAGAGAGGUGUGUCGCUUGUCCGCGGACCCCGGCCCUUGCCGCGGCCACCUGCAGCGCUGGUUCUACCACGCCGAGUCGCAGGUCUGCCACGCGUUCGAGUACGGAGGCUGUCGCGGCAACAAGAACAACUUCGCCACGCUGGCCGAAUGCGAACGCCUCUGCGCCGCCAACCGAGGGGACAAGCCGCUGCUCGCAGACCGCCAGGAGGCGCUGGAGAAGUACGGCGUGAGGCUGUCGGGCGCCAUCACGUACAGCGCCCCCAUCGGGAAGGACGCCCUCUCCUUCAACAAGGCCCAGCGGCAGCACAACGCACACCAGCACCACCACCAUCACCACCACGGCAGCAAGCACCACGUCGCUGCGCACAGCACCACCACGACAGCGCCCACUCCUGGUGCAUACCAUGAAGCAGUUUAGAAAGAUAGUGAAAAGCGCUAAUUUGGAUAUGAUUUUUAUCGUAGUUCAUCUCAUAUUAUUUUUUUCGUUUUAAUUGUUUUAGAAAAACGUGACCACACGC